AUGUCUAAGAUCACAGUCGCCGGAGUGCGCCAGAAUGUCGAGCAACUGCUCAACUACUCUCACAAUGAGAAGAAGAGAAACUUCCUCGAGACCGUCGAGCUUCAGAUCGGUCUGAAGAACUACGACCCCCAGCGUGACAAGCGUUUCUCGGGUACCAUCAAGCUCCCCACCGUCCCUCGCCCCGGCAUGUCCAUCUGUGUUCUUGGUGACCAGCACGAUCUUGACCGUGCCAAGCACCACGGCAUCGACGCCAUGUCCGCUGAUGACCUCAAGAAGCUGAACAAGAACAAGAAGCUCAUCAAGAAGCUUGCCCGCAAGUACGAUGCCUUCCUCGCUUCCGACGGUCUCAUCAAGCAGAUCCCCCGUCUCUUGGGUCCCGGUCUCUCCAAGGCUGGUAAAUUCCCCACCCCCGUCUCCCACAACGAGGACAUGGCCGUCAAGGUCAACGACGUCAAGUCCACCAUCAAGUUCCAGCUUAAGAAGGUUCUCUGCCUCGGUGUUGCCGUUGGCAACGUCGGCAUGACCCAGGACGAGCUCGUCGCCAACAUCAUGCUUGCCAUCAACUACCUUGUCUCUCUCCUCAAGAAGGGCUGGCAGAACGUUGGCUCCCUUGUCAUCAAGGCUACCAUGUCUCCUCCCCGCCGUGUCUACUAG